AUGUCGGAUGCGACCUGGCAGCAGAUCUCGCGGCCCGCCAAGGACCUCAUCCGCGGCCUGCUUCGUGCAGAUCCCAAGCAGAGGAUGAAGCUGGAGGACGUUCUCCGGAAUCCAUGGCUCAGGCUUCAGGAGAGCCAGUCGGCUAUGGACAACAAGAUCGCCAGCCAGGUCCUGACGAACUUGCGACAGUUUAGCCGGACCUCCCAAUUCUUCACUAUCUGCGUUGCUUCCGUAGCGCGCCAGUUGGACCACAAGAGCCUCCGGGACGUCCACAAGGUCUUUGCCGAGAUGGACACGAACGGAGACGGCGUGCUCGAGCUUCACGAGGUCCGAGCCGGAUUCCAGAAGUUCUUUGGUCGCGACAGCCCGCAGGUUCAGGACGUUGAGCAAGUCUUUCAAAAACUCGACCUCGAUGGAUCUGGCUUCAUCGACUACACGGAGUUCUGCGCCGCGGGGAUCGGCGAGCGCGUGAGCUUGGAGGAAGACGUCCUUUGGGCCGCCUUCAAGGCCUUUGACGUGCAGGACGACGAUGGCCGUAUCACCAAGGAAGAGGUCCAGCAG